AUGGAUCUGCAAGACCUAGAUCUUGACGACUUCACUGGCUUCGAGGGUGGUGCAUCUACUACCUACUCGUCGCCCGCCAUGCCCUCGGUCUUUGACCUGGGCGGAAGCACGUCAGGUGCCAGCAACUUGGGCACUGUGUCACCUCAGGAUUUGCUCAUUCAGGAGCCCUUUAUGUCUGCCCCAAAUUCCACGGCCCUCACAGCUCUGACGUCGCCCUCUAUUUACAACGAAUCGCCUGACUUCAACGAUAGCUAUGACGUCUCUCCCAAUUUCGGUACUGGUGAUUUCGACACUGGCUCUGGCGACCCGUGGUUCCCGUUGUUUCCUCAAGAAUCAGCGCCAACCGCUAAGGACGCUGCCAGCGAUAAUCAGCCGCAACAGGAGCAGCAGCAGCAGCAGAUGGACCAGUCGCCUGCUACUAAGACUGACGACCUGGAGGUUGUUGAAUUUACAUCUUCCUCUGGGCGUCGCAAGUCGGCCAACUCGUCUCCGUCUGGUUCUGCACGUCACUCCUCUGUCUCGGGUGUCAAUUCACGUCGGCGAGACAAGCCUCUCCCUCCUAUCAUUGUGGAGGACCCCAAUGACACUAUCGCCAUGAAGCGAGCUAGGAACACCCUUGCUGCCCGCAAGUCUCGCGAGCGCAAGGCACAACGAUUCGAGGAUCUCGAAGAGAAGAUCCGCAAGUUGGAAGCGGAGCGCGAUCACUGGAAGAACAUUGCUUUGGGUCGUACUUGA